AUGGUGAACCGCGACAAGGCCGGCUGCCCCACGGCCGCGGCCACGCUGCCCCUCGACCGUCUCCUGGCCUCGCUCGCCGCCAACGCGGAGCAGCUGGGGAAGAGGUGGGAGAUCGCCGUCCGCGACCGGAGGGCCAGAGCGGCCGAGCGGAGGAUGGAGGCGGAUGCGGCGCCGCCGGUGCAGCUGCACACGCCGCUCUUCUAUGCCACCUGCGCCCUCGGCGGGGUCCUCAGCACCGGCCUCACCCACCUCGCAGUCACGCCGCUCGACCUCGUCAAGUGCAAUAUGCAGGUCUCUGAAGCAGAAACAGGCUCCCCUGCUGCUCCUGUACAAGCUUCCUGUGCCCUAAUGCUAAUUUCCAACGGGAAUUGCUCUUCGCAGGUUGACCCUAGCAAGUACAGGGACAUCUCGUCUGGCUUCGGUGUGCUGCUCCAAGAGCAAGGUCUUGGUGGGUUCUUCAAAGGCUGGAUGGCCACGCUGGUUGGGUAUAGUAGCCAGGGAGCUUGCAAGUUUGGUUUCUACGAGUACUUCAAGAAGUGUUACUCGGACAUUGCUGGCCCCGAGAAUGCUGACAGGUUGAAGACCGUCAUCUACCUCGCUGCAUCGGCGUCGGCUGAGGUAAUUGCAGAUUUAGCUCUCUGCCCCAUGGAAGCCGUCAAGGUUCGAAUCCAGACCCAGCCGGGAUUCGCUCGAUGCCUAACCGAUGGGCUUCCGAAGCUUGUCCGGUCCGAAGGUGCCUUUGGGUAUAAUAGAUACUGCAUGUCCUGUACUGAUUAUGUUAUGAUUGGUUCUAUUCAAGAUACUGCAGAACACUCUUUAACACUCUGUGUUCAUUUCAGGCUUUACAAGGGAAUAGUUCCUCUUUGGGGCCGCCAAAUUCCUUACACUAUGAUGAAAUUUGCAUGCUUUGAGACCAUUGUUGAGAUGGUGUACAAGCAUGCUGUGCCAAAACCAAAAGAUCAAUGCAGUAAACCAUUGCAGCUAGCAGUGAGUUUUGCAGGGGGGUACAUUGCUGGAGUCUUGUGUGCUGCUGUCUCUCAUCCUGCAGACAACCUGGUGUCUUUUCUCAACAAUGCAAAGGGAGCCACUGUGGCAGAUGCUAUAACAACCAUUGGGCUGUGGGGCCUUUUCACUCGUGGCCUUCCACUCCGUAUUAUCAUGGUCGGUACUCUUACCGGAGCGCAAUGGGCAACAUACGACGCGUUUAAAGUAUUUGUUGGGCUACCAACCACCGGGGGAGUCAGCUCUAGUUGUCAUGCUGCCACUACUUUGCACCGAGUAGAUCAUGAGAAGCAGAACUGA